CUAUAAAGUCCCUACAGGUACCUGCUCGACCCAUUGUCAGCCUGUCAUAUAGUCUGUCGAUCGGUUUAGCGUUUGCAUGUUUGCUUGUGCCGCCGGAAGGUCCACAUCUCUGUUGCGUACGCUAGGUCUACGGACAGGACGCUCGAUUCUCACGCGAUUAACGACGCUUCGCUCGCUCGGCUUCCAUCAAGGUAGGUCUUGGUCGUUUUCCAGGAGAGGUGUGAAGGGGUGAGGAACGGCAACAGGAAUCGCCACGGAACAGGCUCGAAGAGUCUGUCAAGGCGUCUGGAAACUAACUUCUCAUGUGAAUUAUCGCACUUGACAGGUCCCUCGGUACUCCUUUCUACCAACCGACUCCAGUUUGCACCGAACUCGCUCGGUCAACCCAGUCGACAAAUAACCACCGAUAGACCAACAGGAAUGGCUUCUGUCAUCGAAGGCAUAAAGAACAUGGCUCUAGGCACUCCCGUUCACGUGUGUGAAGUCCAGGGCGAUGACGCAGGGCAGGGCACGGAGCAGGCUCCUUACAAAACGGUUGCGAAAGCACUGGAGCACCCCUCGGUUGGAGAGGGCAACAUCGUGGUCCGCAAGUCGACUGAGGAGGGAUAUCAGCCGAUCGCCAAGACUGCUCUGAAGAAGGCUCAGAAGCUGUUUGAGGCCAACCAGAAGAAGGCCCAGAAGCUUGCGGCCGCUGCCGCUGACUCGGCUGCUGCUGAGGAGAAGAAGUUGGAGGAGGCGAAGAAGAUUGUGAUCACGGAGGACGCCAGUCUCCCGGCGGCCAAGAAGAUCAGAAUCCGUGAUGGCGAGAAGCACAGGGGUGAACGCGUGAAGGUGUCUGGGUGGCUCCACAGACAUCGCUCGCAGGGAAAGGACUUGAUGUUUCUGGUGUUGCGUGACGGUACUGGCUACCUGCAAUGUGUGCUGAACGGCAAGCUGUGCCAAACAUACGACGCAAUCACUCUCAUCAGGGAAUCAACAGUCACUGUGUACGGAGUGUUGCAGGUGGUCCCUGAAGGCAAGAAGGCUCCCGGAGGGCAUGAGCUCAAAGUCGACUACUGGGAAAUUAUUGGCAAAGCUCCCGGAGGGACCGAGGCGUUCGACAACAAGUUCAACACCGAAACCAGCCCCGAUAUUCUCCUGGAUCAGCGUCACCUUGUCAUCCGUGGGGAGACCGCGUCCAACGUUCUCAAGAUGCGCGCCCUGGUUCUGAAGGCUUUUCGCGAGUAUUUUGACUCCCGGCAAGUUACGGAGGUUACACCGCCUUUGAUGGUCCAGACGCAGGUUGAGGGUGGCAGCACCCUGUUCGAGUUCAACUACUACGGGGAAUCUGCGUACCUCACGCAAUCUUCACAACUGUACCUCGAGACGUGUUUGGCGUCCCUCGGUGACGUUUACUGUAUGGCGGAAUCCUUCCGUGCAGAAAAGUCCCACACCCGGAGACAUUUGUCCGAGUUCACCCACAUCGAAGGGGAGCUCGCCUUCAUUGAUUUUGAGGACUUGCUCACUUUCCUCGAGGACAUGAUCGUAACCGUAAUGGAACGCGUAACAAGCGACCCCCUCGGCGCCGAAAUCCUCAAAGAGCUCAACCCCAACUUCGUCGCCCCCAAAAAGCCCUUCCGCCGCAUGGCCUACUCCGACGCCAUCAAAUGGCUCAACGACCAUGGCAUCAAAAAGGACGUCCUCGAUGCCGACGGCACCAAGAUCGGCGAGGCCGACUACGAGUUUGGCGAAGAUAUCCCCGAAGCCCCCGAACGCAAGAUGACCGACGCCAUCGGCGAGCCGAUCCUGCUGUGCAAGUUCCCGGCGGAGAUCAAAUCGUUCUACAUGAAGCGUUGUGGUGACGAUAGGCGUCUCACUGAGAGUGUGGACGUGCUGAUGCCCAACGUUGGCGAGAUUGUUGGCGGUAGUAUGAGGAUCACGGACUUGGCGGAGUUGGCGGCUGGGUUUGAGAGGGAGGGGAUUGAUGGCAAGCCGUAUUACUGGUACACGGACCAGCGCAAGUAUGGGACGUGUGAGCAUGGUGGGUUUGGGUUGGGGUUGGAGAGGUUCUUGGCGUGGCUUUUGAACAGGUACACGGUGAGGGAGGUGUGCUUGUACCCUAGGUUUAUGGGAAGGUGCCAGCCGUAGAUCAUCGCUUGUCACAGUUUGCGUUGGGAUAAGUCUUUCCCUACCAUUAUUAUCGCAUUUAUAGCUUCUCUCCCUUCCACAUCCCCGAGCGUACGUAUAGAUAUGUUGACUAGCUCUUAGAAUGACAAUUCUGGCCACCUUUCCCCCUCCUGUCCGAUGUCAUCUUGUAUCGAAAGAGAAGGGCAUGAAAAUGAAAAUGGAACAGAUUUACCAAUCCGCG